UUAGUUUUUCAGGGGCAUCGCGUCCGUUUUGUACACUGUGUUCUGAGACUGGUUAAAGCUGUUAAGAAGUGGGCAAAGUGCACAUUAGUUAAGUGAGCACGGGGUAGGCUGGUUGGCAGACUCUCACAGGCAGGCAGGUGGGGAUGGUGUGUGGGGUGAGGAGAAGGAAACAGAGCUGGGAAGAAGGAAACAUGCCCAAGGCUGUGAAACCGUCAGGGAUGGAGGGGAUAAACAAGUGGGCCAACUCGGACCGAGGCUCCAGCCCUAGCACCCAAAGGCCCCAAAUAAAGAAUGCUCCCUAAACUGUGCUUCCAUGUAUAUUUGAAAACUUACUUCUAGCUAAGAAUACUGUUAGCAAUACUUAAAUAAUUUAGUUCUAAUUUGAAAUUACGUGCAGGCAGAAGAGUAGCAAGUGCAUCCCCAGGCUGUGCCUAAACUUAAAGUCAGCAAGGCUCUCACUCUCGUGACAUUCCUGGGGGUGUUUCCUCUACCCCUGGUCAAAGUACCCACGAGACUGCUUCCCCUAUCAGAUCUUCCUUCCUGAGAAAACCUCAUCUUCCAGGAUUGCUGGGUCCUGUUCUUACCUCAUCCUCAUUCAUUUCUACCUCUGCCCAUUAAAAUUGUUGCAGAAAAAUUAUCAGACAGAAAACUUACUGUGGAUAAUAAUUCACAUAAUUGUGGUGCAUAAUACUAAAUUUAACUGUCCCAACUCUUACUCAGAGUAUUGUCACUCCACAUAAGUUUCAGACUGGUUGAAUUUAUGGUAUUAUUAAUAGGUAAAACCUUUUAGGAGAAGGGAAGAUGUUGAAGACAAUUGGGCCAUUGCUCCACUUUAGAUCCCACCGUAUAGGUAAAUACCCACACUACUACCUCUGAAAAUGUGGGAUUUUUUUGGAGACGGGGAAUUCUUAUUUAUCACACUGGAACUGAAACAUAGAAUUUAGGAUUAUAAACCGCUAUCACAAGUUUUCUGGAUUAGAUGAAUAUACAUAAUAUUCACAUCUAUCCUUAAAAAAGAGUAACUUUUAUGAAUUUAUAAUUAAUUCUUAUGAUCAUAAUAUAGAUUUUUUUGUAUUAGUUAAUUCAAAUUCAAAACCAUCUUGUACUUGAAACAAUAUAGUAAAAAGAAAUAAAUUCUCCUCUCUCUGUUGGAAUAGAAGCUCUCUGAUAUGUAACAUAUUUCAGGUCCUGAAAGAACAUUUUUGCCCUUUAAACCUCCAGAAUUAGGAAACACAUCUCUCCAAACAACAUAGCCAGCAUGCACUUGGACAUAUUUCAAUUGUGUUUUGAUUUAUUUACUUUAAGCAGCCUGGAAUUUUGGGGCCAUGGCUAAUUUCAAAGAGUAUAAGCUUUUUGGAUCUUAAAUCUAAAAGUUCUUGAAAAGCUUGGUCACAAGAUAUUCCAGAAGGCAGAAACGAUGUGGUAUAACUCAGGAACGGUUACUCUGAACUCUGUAAAGCUGACCCGGCUCUUAGUAGCCUGGGUGAACUACCCCGCACGUAGCUGACGUUCCUGUACAGGUAGGGAUGAAGACGCAGACCACCCAUUGCGUUAAAAAGGGUGCAAGUUGAAUUUUAUAUGAAUGAAAACACAUUUAAAGAGAGACUAAAGUUAUUUUUUAUCAAAAACCAGAGAUCAAGUCUAAGAAUACGUCUGUUCAAUUUUUCUCUCAAAUUAUUAAGCUGCUUUUUGUACAUAAUCCGAGUGCUACUAGAAAACCCUUCACAAGGAAAUGAAUGGUCUCAUAUCUUUUGGGUGAACAGAAGUCUACCUUUAUGGGGCUUACAGGUUUCAGUGGCAUUGAUAAGUCUCUUUGAAACAAUACUACUUGGUUAUCUCAGUUAUAAGGGAAACAUCUGGGAACAGAUUUUACGAAUACCCUUCAUCUUGGAAGUAAUUAAUGCGGUUCCCUUCAUUAUCUCAAUAUUCUGGCCUUCCUUAAGAAAUCUAUUUGUCCCAGUCUUUCUAAACUGUUGGCUUGCCAAACAUGCCUUGGAAAAUAUGAUUAAUGAUCUACACAGAGCCAUUCAGCGUACACAGUCUGCAAUGUUUAAUCAAGUUUUGAUUUUAAUAUCUACAUUACUAUGCCUUAUCUUCACCUGCAUUUGUGGAAUCCAACAUCUGGAACGAAUAGGAAAGAAGCUGAAUCUCUUUGACUCCCUUUAUUUCUGCAUUGUGACGUUUUCUACUGUGGGCUUUGGGGAUGUCACUCCAGAAACAUGGUCGUCCAAGCUUUUCGUUGUUGCCAUGAUCUGUGUUGCUCUCGUGGUUCUCCCCAUACAGUUUGAACAGCUGGCCUAUUUGUGGAUGGAGAGACAAAAGUCAGGUGGAAACUAUAGUCGACACAGAGCUCAAACUGAAAAGCACGUUGUUCUGUGUGUCAGCUCACUGAAGAUUGACUUACUCAUGGACUUUUUGAAUGAAUUCUAUGCUCAUCCAAGACUCCAGGAUUAUUAUGUGGUGAUUUUGUGUCCUACUGAAAUGGAUGUGCAGGUCCGAAGGGUCCUACAGAUUCCGAUGUGGUCACAAAGAGUCAUCUACCUUCAAGGUUCAGCCCUUAAAGAUCAGGAUCUGUUGCGAGCAAAGAUGGAUGAUGCUGAGGCCUGUUUUAUUCUGAGCAGCCGUUGUGAAGUAGAUAGGACAUCCUCUGACCACCAAACAAUUUUGAGAGCAUGGGCUGUAAAAGAUUUUGCUCCAAAUUGCCCUUUGUAUGUCCAGAUCUUAAAGCCUGAAAAUAAAUUCCAUAUCAAAUUUGCUGAUCAUGUUGUUUGUGAAGAAGAGUUUAAAUACGCCAUGUUAGCUUUAAACUGUAUAUGCCCAGCAACAUCUACACUUAUUACACUACUGGUUCAUACCUCUAGAGGGCAAGAAGGCCAGCAAUCGCCAGAACAAUGGCAGAAGAUGUACGGCAGAUGCUCUGGGAAUGAAGUGUACCACAUCGUUUUGGAAGAAAGUACAUUUUUUGCUGAAUAUGAAGGAAAGAGCUUCACCUAUGCUUCUUUCCAUGCACACAAAAAGUUUGGUGUCUGCUUGAUUGGGAUUAGGAGGGAGGAUAAUAAAAACAUUUUGCUGAAUCCAGGUCCUCGAUAUAUUAUGAGUGCUACAGAUAUAUGUUUCUAUAUUAAUAUUACCAAAGAAGAGAAUUCAGCAUUUAAAAACCACGACCAUCAGAAAAAAAGCAAUGUAUCAAGGUCAUUUUAUCAUGGACCAUCUAGAUUACCUGUACAUAGCAUAAUUGCCAGCAUGGGUACUGUGGCCAUAGACUUGCAAGACACAAGCUGUAGGUCAGCAAGUGGCCCUACCCUGUCUCUUCCUUCAGAAGGAAACAAAGAAGUCAGAAGACCCAGCAUUGCUCCCGUUUUAGAGGUUGCAGAUACGUCAUCACUUCAAACAUGCGAUCUUCUAAGUGAUCAAUCAGAAGAUGAAACUACACCAGAUGAAGAAAUGUCCUCAAAUGUGGAAUAUGCUAAAGGCUACCCACCUUACUCUCCAUAUAUAGGAAGUUCACCCACUUUUUGUCAUCUCCUUCAUGAAAAAGUGCCAUUUUGCUGCUUAAGACUAGACAAGAGUUGCCAGCAUAACUACUAUGAGGACGCAAAAGCCUAUGGAUUCAAAAAUAAGCUAAUUAUAGUUGCAGCUGAAACAGCUGGAAAUGGAUUGUAUAAUUUUAUUGUUCCUCUCAGGGCAUAUUAUAGACCAAAGAAAGAACUUAAUCCCGUAAUACUGCUAUUGGAUAACCCGCCAGAUAUGCAUUUUCUGGAUGCAAUCUGUUGGUUUCCAAUGGUUUACUACAUGGUGGGCUCUAUUGACAAUCUAGACGAUUUACUCAGGUGUGGAGUGACUUUCGCUGCCAACAUGGUGGUUGUGGACAAAGAAAGCACCAUGAGUGCCGAGGAAGACUACAUGGCAGACGCCAAAACGAUUGUAAACGUGCAGACCCUUUUCAGGUUGUUCUCCAGUCUCAGUAUUAUCACAGAGCUCACCCACCCAGCCAACAUGAGAUUCAUGCAAUUCAGAGCCAAAGACUGUUACUCCCUUGCUCUUUCCAAGCUCGAAAAGAAAGAAAGAGAGCGAGGUUCUAAUUUGGCCUUUAUGUUCCGACUGCCUUUUGCUGCCGGGAGGGUGUUCAGUAUCAGCAUGUUGGACACGCUUCUUUACCAGUCAUUUGUGAAGGACUACAUGAUUUCUAUCACCAGACUUCUGUUGGGAUUGGACACUACACCAGGAUCGGGGUUUCUUUGCUCUAUGAAAAUCACCGAGGAUGACUUAUGGAUCAGGACUUAUGCCAGACUGUAUCAGAAGUUAUGUUCUUCUACUGGAGAUGUUCCCAUUGGAAUCUACAGGACUGAAUCUCAAAAACUUACUACAUCUGAGUGUCGAGAAAUAGCAUCACAAUCUCAAAUAUCCAUCAGUGUGGAAGAGUGGGAAGACACCAAAGAUGCCAAAGAGCAAGGUCACCACCGAAGUAACCACCGCAACUCAACAUCCAGUGACCAGUCCGACCAUCCCCUGCUAAGGAGGAAGAGCAUGCAGUGGGCCCGAAGACUGAGCAGAAAAGGUCCCAAACACUCCGGUAAAACAGCUGAGAAAAUAACCCAGCAGCGCCUGAACCUCUACAGGAGGUCAGAAAGACAAGAGCUUGCUGAACUUGUGAAAAAUAGAAUGAAACACUUGGGUCUUUCUACAGUGGGAUAUGAUGAAAUGAACGAUCAUCAAAGUACCCUCUCCUACAUCCUGAUAAACCCAUCUCCAGAUACCAGACUAGAGCUGAAUGAUGUUGUAUACUUAAUCCGACCCGAUCCACUGGCCUACCUACCAAAUGGUGAACCCAGUCGAAAAAACAGCAUCUGCAACACCACAGGCCAAGAUUCUCGGGAGGAAACUCAGCUUUGAUAAAAAAGAAAAUAAGAGACUUUUUUCUCCUACAAGGAUCUUGCUUGAAACAACUCUAAAUCUUAGAAAAACAAGAGUGUUGCUGGCAUGAAAUAAACUAGAUUGAAGUAUAUCCAAUUCUCUCAUAUUAAAAAAAAAAUCUAUUCUCCUAGAAGUUUAGAUAAUUUUGAAAUUUAAAGUACUGCUUUGUUGGUACUCCUCCCAUUAAUAUUUGAAAGACAUCAAUGGAAUGAUUUUGAACACCUAAAUUGAAAUGCAAAAAUUUGAGCCUGAUGUUUCAUUGUUUGACAAUAAUACAAACUGUAUGAAGCCAAUUUUUAAAAAGUAUUAAGGUUUAUGAAAGUAAACUAGAAGUCCAGUUAUAUCUGGUGCAUCCCAAUGGACAUAGAAGAUUGUUGCUCCACUUAAAAAUUAAGUGUGUCCUAUUAUAUUCUUUAAACUUGCCAUUUUAUAAAAAUGAGCUCAUCACAAGUGUCCAGCCUUCUCUACACAGAUUAACAGACAAACUUGUGUGGCUGACUUUUGUGUAAGAAUCAGAGUUUGCUUUAGAAUAUGAAUCUUUAAGUCAUUUUACCCUUUUUGUUGACUUUUCACAUGAUAUAUUCAUUUUAGAAUUUGAGCUGUUCAUAGCAUGUUUUAUUACUCUGAAGAAACCAAAACAAACAAAAAGAAAUAUCAACUACAUGAACUUUUCCCUAACUUUAUGUUUAACACACGUUGUAUGCCAAGAACAGUAUGUGAAAGCAAAUAUUUAUUGUUUUCCUAAAAGAAUCCUAACAUAGAGAAUACUUAAAACACAUUUGUUGACUUAAAUCUAAUCUAAGAAUUGAAGCAUUAAUUGAAAUAUUCAGUAAUGAUUUUCAUUAGACUCUUGAGCUUUAACAUUUUUUAUAUAUCUAUACAGUAUAUUUCAUUAGAAAGAUAGUUUAAAAUUAAAAGAAGCAAAAUUAUACUUUUUAUAGAAUACAAAGAAAUUUCAAAACAUUAAAAGUCCUCCUUUAUACCUUUAGUAUUGAAAUAAUAAUACACCAAAAAUUGGUAUAUCAAAAAUUUUGAUCUAAUUUUGGAAAGUUAUCUAUAGGAGCUAUGUUUUAACAUUGUGAGGAAAAAGCAUAAAAUAAAAAUAAGUAGGUUUUGCUGUUUAAAUGUAAGGUAAACCAUACAUAAUUUGACAGUUAUAAAUAAAGAAACGCUGACCUUUGGCAACACCAGUGCUUUUACCUACAUUGCAUUAUUCCCUUUCAGAAACAGGUUGAAAAGCACAGAGCACAGUUUGCCAGGUAAUUGAAAUGCACUGUCAUUCCCAUGAAAGAGACAUUGACAAAUUUAAAAAGAUAUUUUUCUUCCAAUUUUGUAUGUUUUUAUUUCUGAAUUUGACAUUAAAUUUUAAUUCAACGGAAAAUAGGACACAUAAGACUAGAAAGAGACAUGUUAUCAUUUCUUUUCACAAAGAAGCAGAUAAAUUGAAAGGAAAAUAGAAGGAUUCAAAAUAAUAAAGAGGGCUUCCCUGGUGGCGCAGUGGUUGAAAGUCCGCCUGCCGAUGCAGGGGACACGGGUUCGUGCCCCGGUCUGGGAAGAUCCCACAUGCCGCGGAGCGGCUGGGCCCGUGAGCCAUGGCCAUUGAGCCUGAGCGUCCGGAGCCUGUGCUCCGCAACGGGAGAGGCCACAACAGUGAGAGGCCCGUGUACCGCAAAAAAAUAAAGAAAGAAAAUAAAGAAAAAUAAAGAAAGCCUAAUAUUUCCCCAAUAAUUCUAUGGGUAUAAAAUAUAAAACAUAAAAUGUGAAAUUAUAGAUUAUAUAGCCAUUGUAUAUUUGGCUUUGAGAAUAUGAAAUGCCUAUUUGUUUAGUAUUUUACAUUACUCUCAUUUUAGAAUGACAAGAACAUCAAGAAUUUCCCCUAAAAUAGGGAGAGCCUGUAUUUAAUUUUCUUUAACUAUACAGGGAAGUAGAAUUUAUAGCAGGUUACUUAAAAUUGGAAACAUAUCUUAAAACAAAGAUUUUAUGCAUAUGUAUGUGUAUAUGUUAUAAACACAGCUGAAAUAUAUCAGACAAAUACAUAUUCACAUGUAAAAUUUCAAACUAAAGGUGGAAUUGAACAAAUACAUGUAAUGGAGCACAAUAAUAAAUUUAAUGAACUUGUUUUAUAUUUGCACAUUGAUAUUUAAGUAUGAUGUUUCUUUGAGUUGCCUUUUCUUUACUCCAUUACAGUUAUGUUUAGGAAUAAAUGUAAGAUUUUAUGAAUCUUCUAUUUCCCCACAAGAUCUCAAGUUGAGUAUUUUUGCAUUAUGACAGUUGUCAAGACUAGGAUUUUAAGCUAGGACCUGACUAUAUUUCCUAUAACACUAUAAAAUUUGUUUCAUAAAUUUUACAAUAAUUAUUUUUGAUUAUGAACAUUAGUCCAAAUUUAAUAUUUGACACAAUUCAUAUUAGCUUGCUAUAAUAAUGAUAGUUUAUUAGCCUUUCUGUUAUUUAAAGAAUAAAAACAUACUUAUAAAAGCCUUUUAACAAACAGUUGCCUUUUUAAAUACUUACACUUGCAUAUGAAAAUAAAAAAUGAAGUCAACAUUAGUCCUUGUAACCCUAUGGGAUUUGGUUCUGUUUAUUGUCUAUGUACCAUUUUGCUACCAGUUACACUGAAUUGCUUUAAAAUAAAUAAUAAAAUUAUUUCUGAUGAUGAAAACCCUUGAUUUUUUUUGCCA